AUGUGUUUAUUGAAAGACCUACUAAUGUGUCGACUGCAGUCGGAUCAUACUUCAGUUUAAGAUGCAGUGGGAGCAAUUCAGCUCGCAUAUCAUGGAUGAAAGACAAUAAAUCGUAUAAACAAUCUAAAUCAUAUGCAGAUGGUAGAUGGUUUCAAUCAAGAAAGAAACAUAUCCUAGUAGUUAAUGCGGAGUUUGAAGACAGUGGGAUGUAUACAUGUAGAUUAUUACAUAAAAGAACAAAGAUUGGUGAAGUAAAUGCAUGGGUUGAUGUACGGGAGAAGCCACGCCUUACUGAAGAGAACCAUGCAAGAGAAGUAGCAUUAAAGGAAAGUGUUAUUACACAAUUAAAUCAUACAUUAACUGUAAAACAGGACGAAUUACUACAGAAAGAAAAUAUCAUGGAAAUUAAUAAAGAAAACCAUGCAAGAGAAGCAGCGUUAAAAGAAUUUGUAAUUAAAAAUUUAAAUUAUACACUAUUCACAAUACAGGAAGAAACAGCUCAGCAAAUUCAUGAAG